AUGUAUAGAUUAGAGUUACGGAAAUCUAUCAGAGUACCAGGUGUUAGUAGUGUAUGGCAUAUUUCCUACGUGACGUCAGACCGGUUCUGGAUCAGUGAUGGUUACAAUCUCAUCUUAACUAACACAUCAGGAGAUGAACUACAUCAUCAGACAGAUAUACUUAGUGACGUAUGGGGAGGACACACUGUGAGCACUGAGGGUGAUUUAAUUUGUAUAGACAGUGAGUAUAACAUUAAUAAACUGUCUACAGAUAACAAACUUGAGACUACAUUAAUAAAAUAUACUGAAGCAUGGAAACCUCUAUGUGUCUACAGCUCUCCCUCCACUAGAGACCUGCUGGUCGUAAUGUGUGAUACAGAUACAAACAUUUAUAUAGAAGCAAAGGUAGUCCGGUAUAACAUCACAGGGGAAAGCAUCCAGACCAUACAGCACGACAACAUUACGGGUAAGAGAUUAUAUAGUGAUCCUAUCUACAUCACAGAGAACCGUAAUGGAGAUGUAAUUGUGUCUGACUGGGGCUGUGUAGUGGUGACAGAUCGUGGUGGUAAACAUCGGUUUUCCUACAAAGGACAUCCAUCAGGAGCAGAGCUAUGUCCACUAGGAAUUUGUACUGACGCGCUGUCACACAUCCUGCUGUGCGAUUAUAUUACCGAAUCAGUACAGAUAUUAGACAGGAAUGGUGAAUUCCUGUCUCAGAUACAGAUAUCAUCACACGGGAUAAACUAUCCAAGAAGCCUGAGUUAUGAUGCUGACACGCACUUACUGUGGGUGGGGUCAGCCGACGACAGUAGAGUAAACAUAUACAGUUGCAUAUAUGGAGACCUUCUGACCGCGACUGCUGCAGAGGAAAAGAAGACAGGAAGUGAUUUCCUUGAUGAAUCCCUCAAGCUGCAUCAACAGAAAUAUGGAGAGGAACCGUUUACAGUUCCCCACGACUUUGACCCAUUCAUACAUAGAAAAGACUUAGAAACAGAACUGAUUACAACAGAAAUUGAAGAAAAGACAUAUAUAGGCAUAUGUCUGCUAAUGCUGCUUGACUUCCAUAUGUUCUUAAGCUUGAAAAAGGCUCCUCUGGCUUUACCUAAUCUUGAUAUUAUGUCCUUGUCAGCUCCGCCAUCUGAUGUUACCACACUUCCAAGAUGA